AUGGGGACUUGGAAGACAUUUUGGUUGAUCAUCUCCCUUGCAGCUAGUCUGGACUUCAUUAAGUCACAAAUGAUUGUCUGCAGGGAGGCCUAUAAGGGGGAUGUCGUGUUUCUGGUGCACACCCCCAGCAUCAACUCCCAGCACGCCCGCAGUGUGCGGAAAUUCUUGUCUAUCUUGGCAAACAGCUUCAAUGUCAGUAAAGACACCAUCCGUGUGAGUCUGGCCCAGUACAGCGAUAUACCUGCUUCUGAAUUCCUGCUUUCUACCUACCACCACAAAGGUGAAGUGUUGAGACACAUCCAGCAACUUCAGUUUAAGCCUGGAGGCAACAAGAUGGGCCAGUCUCUGCAGUUCAUCCUAGAGCAUCACUUCCAGGAAGAAGCGGGGAGCCGGGCAAACCAAGGGGUGCCUCAGAUGGCCCUGGUGAUGAGCAGUGGCCCAGCUGAGGACAACAUCCAGGAACCUGCCAAAGCUCUCAGGAGGGCAGGAAUCUUGCUAUAUGCUGUUGGUGUUGGAGAUGCAGCUCAGGCUGAGCUCAGAGAGAUCUCGAGCAUUCCCAAGGAUAAAUUCACCUUUUUUGCUCCCAACUUCUCUAGCCUGCCUGGCCUCGCCCAGAAGCUUCGGCAAGAGCUCUGCAGUACUCUAGCAAAGGCAGCUGAACCCACUGAGCACAAGUCUCCAGCUUGCGCAGAAGCAACCCUGGCUGACAUUGUGUUUUUAGUGGACAGCUCAACUAGCAUUGGACCCCAGAACUUCCAGAAUGUAAAGAACUUCCUUCACGCUGUUGUCUUGGAUCUUGACAUCAGCAGUGAUCAGGUCCAAGUGGGACUAGUCCAGUAUAGUGACAACAUCCACCCAGCCUUUCAGCUGAAACAGUCCUCUGUGAAGAGCAUGGUCCUGGAAUGGAUCCGGAAUCUGUCCUUCAUCACAGGAGGCACAAAUACAGGAAGUGCCCUAGAGUUCAUCAGGGCCAACUACUUGACCGAGAUGAGUGGCAGCCGGGCCAAGGAUGGGGUUCCUCAGAUAGUUAUCCUGGUGACAGAUGGGGAGUCAAAUGAUGAGGUCCAGGAUGCAGCUGACCAGCUGAAAAGAGAUGGAGUCUUUGUGUACGUGGUAGGGAUCAAUGUUCAAGACAUCCAAGAGCUGCAGAAGAUAGCCAGUGAACCAUUUGAGAAGUUUUUCUUCAACACAGUGAACUUCAGCAUCUUGCAGGAGUUCUCAGGAAGCCUCCUUCAGGCUCUGUGUUCAACAGUGGAGAGACAGAUGAAAAAGUCUAACAAGACCUAUGCAGAUGUGGUCUUUCUUAUUGACACCUCACAGGAAACAUCGCAGGCCAGUUUCCAGUGGAUGCAGAAUUUCAUCUCUAGAAUUAUUGGCAUGCUGGAGGUUGGCAAGGACAAGUACCGGAUUGGGCUGGCUCAGUACGGUGAUCAAGGUUACACUGAGUUUUUGUUUAAUACCUACAAGACCCGGAAUGAGAUGAUCACACACAUCCAUGAGCACUUGGUGCCCCGAGGUGGUUCCAGGAGGGCAGGCCGAGCCCUUCGGUUUCUUCACCAGACUUUUUUCCAGGAGGCAGCAGGAAGCCGGAUCUUCCAGGGUGUUCCCCAGUAUGCAGUGAUCUUUACCUCAGGCAAAUCUGAGGGUGAGCUUGGGGACGCUGCACAGAUCCUGAGGAAGAGAGGCGUGAACAUCAUGUCUGUGGGGGUGCAGGACUCUGACAGGACGGAACUGGAGGGGAUUGGGUCUCUGGUGUUCGUGGCUGACCCGCAGGGAGAAGACAGAGUCAGACAGCUAUUGCAGGAUGUGAAUGUGGUGAUCCAGGGGACUCCACAGCCUGAGGUCAGGAUAGAGGCUGCAGAUGGAGCUGCUGGAGCAUGUCCAACUGCGGUUCCAGCUGACUUGGUGUUCCUUGUUGAGGAAUUUAGCAGGGCCAGGCAAGCCAAUUUCCAACAAGUUGUCCAUUUCCUGAAGACCACUGUCCAAUCUCUCAACAUUCAUCCUCAUACCGUGAGAAUCGGCUUGGUCUUUUACAGUGAGGAACCACAGCUGGAGUUUUCCCUGGAUACAUAUCAAAACGCUGCCCAAAUCUUCCAGCAUUUGGACAAGUUGACCCUCCACGGAAGAAGAGGAAGGACGAAGGCUGGUUCUGCUUUGGAUUUCCUGAGGAAUGAAGUUUUCAUUUCAGAGAAGGGUAGCCGGUCCAAUCAAGGCGUGCAGCAGAUAGCUGUGGUCAUCAUGGAAAGUCCCUCUGUAGACAAUGUGUCUACACCUGCUUCUUACCUCCGCAGGGCUGGGGUCACCAUCUAUGCAGUGGGCAUCCAGCCUGCCGCUGAGAGCAAGGACUUGGAGAAGAUUUCUACAUACCCUCCCUGGAAGCAUGUCAUCCACCUAGAGUCCUUCCCACAACUUGUUAUUGUGGAAGACAAACUUAAAAACAGGCUCUGCCCUGAGACCAUGAGCAGAAUCUAUCCUCAGGUGAUAGAAAGAGCACAAGAAGAUUGCAUGCAUGUGGAGAAGGCAGAUAUUUACUUCCUUAUUGAUGGAUCUGGCAGCAUCAGACCAAUAGACUUCAUUGAAACGAAGGCAUUCAUGAAGGAGGUGAUAAAGAUGUUCCACAUUGGGCCUGACAGAGUACGAUUUGGAGUCGUUCAGUACUCAGACAAAAUUAUAAGCCAGAUUUCCCUCAGCCAAUAUGCCAGCAUGGCAGAGCUGAGGACAGCCAUUGAUGACAUCCAGCAGGGAGGAGGUGGUACCACAACCGGUGAAGCUUUGAGCAGAAUGGCCCUGGUCUUUGAAGACACUGCCAGAAUCAGUGUUGCCCGCUACCUCAUAGUCAUCACUGAUGGCCAGUCUUCAGACUCGGUGGCUGAGGCUGCGCAGGGCUUGAGGGACAUCGGAGUCAACAUUUAUGCCAUUGGAGUAAGGGAUGCUAAUACAACUGAGCUUAAGGAAAUAGCAAACAACAAGAUGUUUUUCAUAUAUGAGUUUGACUCCUUGACAGCCAUUCAACAGGAACUUAUUCGGGACAUCUGCUCCUCAGAGACCUGUAAAAGUAAGAAAGCUGACAUCAUCUUCUUGAUUGACGGCUCAGAAUCCAUCAACCCUAAGGAUUUUGAAAAGAUGAAGGAAUUCAUGGAGAGGAUGGUGAACCAAUCUAAUAUUGGUGCUGAUAAAAUUCAGAUUGGCCUUCUGCAGUUCAGCUCCACUCCCCGGGAAGAAUUCAGGCUCAACCAAUAUUCCUCAAAGGUGGACAUGCGCAGAGCCAUCUUGAAUGUCAAACAGAUGAACGAUGGUACCCACACUGGGGAAGCCUUGAACUUUACUCUGCCUUUUUUUGACAGUUCAAGAGGAGGGAGACCCAGUGUUUAUCAGUAUUUGAUUGUGAUCACCGACGGGGGCUCCCAGGAUAAUGUAGCACUCCCAGCCAAAGCCCUCAGGGACAGAAACAUAAUUAUUUUUGCCAUUGGGGUAGGAAAGGCCCAAAGAUCCCAGCUUUUGGAGAUUGCUAAUGACCAGGACAAAGUGUACCACAAAGAAAAUUUUGAGUUCCUGCAGAACCUGGAAAAGAAAAUUCUUUAUGAGGUCUGCAGUCCCCAAGGAUGCGACGUGGAUCUGUCUGUUGGAAUUGAUAUCUCAACCUCUUCAGAGCGAGCUCAGCGGGAACUUCCAAAGUUGCUGCCCCGGCUGAUGCAACAGCUGGCCUUGCUUUCUAACAUCAGCUGUGACAAUCCUGGCCAGAUGGGCCCUAGGUUCCGCUACGUGAUUCCAGGCUCCAAUAGCCAGCUUGUCUUUGACUCAGGCUUUGAGAAAUAUAAUGAUGAGACCAUCCAGAAGUUCUUGAUACAUCAGGCUUCCGUGAACAACCGUAUGGAUGUAGACUUCUUACAGUCCCUGGGAGAGACUGCCAUCCACCUGUCUUUUGCUAAAGUGAAGGUCCUUUUAGUGCUUACUGAUGGACUUGACGAGGACCCACAGAGGCUGAAGAGAACCUCAGAAUUCCUUCGUAGCAGAGGACUCUCUGGACUCCUACUCAUUGGCCUGGAAGGCGUACAGAAGUUAGAAGAGCUGCAGGGACUGGAGUUCGGCAGAGGGUUCUCAUACUGGCAGCCUCUGAGCAUCCAUCUGCCGUCCCUCCCCAGAGUCUUACUGAAGCAGCUGGAUACAAUUGUGGAGAGGACAUGCUGUCACGUGUAUGCCAAGUGUUAUGGAGACGAUGGGCUCAGAGGUGAUCCUGGGAGUCUUGGGAGGGAGGGAGAGAGGGGUUUGGAUGGACUUCCUGGCCACCCUGGUGAAGAGGGUGAUUAUGGACAGAGAGGCCCUCGAGGUCUUCCUGGACUCCGAGGUGAGGAAGGAUGCCCAGGUGUGAGAGGUCCUAAGGGAGUCAGAGGAUUUUCAGGAGAAAAGGGCAGCGAUGGUGAGGAAGGUGCUGGGGGCUUAGAUGGAGAACAGGGUGAUCCUGGAGCUGCAGGGCCGUCUGGAGAGAAAGGGAACAGAGGCAACAGGGGCUUGACAGGCCUGCCUGGAGAAGCCGGACAUCGUGGGGAGCCUGGGCUGAGGGGAGAUCCUGGGGAUCCUGGAAUCGAUAAUUUCAUCCAAGGCCCCAAGGGAGAAAAGGGAAGGCGUGGACAUCAGGGAAGUUCCGGUUUCCACGGACCUCUGGGGAGAGCAGGCAGUGUAGGACCUCCGGGGUCACAUGAAAGACAUGGCCUGCCAGGGUUGAAGGGUGAACCUGGAUUCCCUGGCUCUCCUGGUGUACAAGGAGAAGAUGGUGACCCAGGCUGUGGAGGAGUGAAGGGAGCCAAGGGAGUCCAAGGGAAGAGGGGCAAUUCUGGUUUUCCUGGGUUUGCUGGAUCUCCAGGUGACCAAGGCCCACCAGGAAAAACGGGCAUCAAGGGUUCAAAAGGUUUGGCGGAUAGGACGUCUUGUGAAAUUGUUGAUUUCAUUCGGGAAAGCUGCCCUUGUUCAAAAGGGAUUUCCAGAUGCCCAGCAUUCCCUUCAGAAGUGGUCUUUGCCUUGGACAUGUCCAACGAUGUCUCCCAGUUGGACUUUGAGAGGAUGAGAAGCAUUCUACUGUCUCUGUUGAUGAAGCUGGAGAUCAGUGAGAGCAACUGCCCCAUUGGUGCCCGGGUGGCCAUUGUUUCCUAUAACACGAGGACAGAUUAUCUAGUGCGCUUCUCAGACCAUCAGGGAAAAGCUGCCCUACUACAGGCUGCCAGGAAAAUCCCCCUUGAACGGUCAUCUGGGUCCCGGAAACUUGGGGCCACCAUGAGGUUUGUGGCAAGACACAUAUUCAAACGUGUGCGCUCAGGCCUUCUGGUAAGGAAGGUGGCUGUGUUCUUCCAGGCCGGCAGGAUCUACAACACAACCUCUGUUAGCACAGCCUUGCUGGAGCUCCAUGCAGCAGACAUUGUCACAUCAGUUGUAACCUUCACAGAGGAGCACAACCUCCCGGAAGCCUUGCUGGUGGAUGGACUCAAGGGAUUUCACUUGUUUACAUGGGAGACAGAGCGCCAGCAGGAUGUGGAGCGCCUGGCCAGCUGCACUCUCUGCUAUGAUAAGUGCCGACCAGCCCAAGAAUGCAGGCCGGAUGCUCCCAGGCCCCAGGAGUUCGACAUGGACUUGGUGUUCCUGGUGGACAGCUCCCAGGGAGUCAGCGGGGACAUAUACCUUGGGGCUUUGCGGCUAGUAGAUUUGGUGCUUAAGGACCUGGAGGUGGCUGCCCAGACUGGCACAUCCUGGCAUGGGGCACGUGCAGCCCUGGUGACAUACACGACUCCAGGUUUUCGGCCUGGCAGGGCUCAAACCCCUGUGUUCCAGUACUUCCACCUGACCUCCUAUGGCCACAAGACACAGAUGCAAAGGCAAGUUCAGAAGGCUGCCGGUCGCCUGCUGCAGGGAGCCCCUGCCCUGGGCCAUGCUCUGGAGUGGACACUGGAGAAGGUGCUUCUGGCAGCUGCACUGCCACGGAGGCCACAGGUCCUCUUUGCCAUCGUGGCCAGUGAGACAAGCAGCUGGGACAGAGAGAAGCUAAGGACCCUGUCCCAGGAGGCCAAGUGCAAGGGCAUCACAUUGUUCGUGCUGGCUGUGGGCCCAGGAGUGGGAGCCCAGGGGCUUGCUGAACUGGCUGGAGUGGCCAGUAAACCCUUGGGUCAGCACUUGUUACGCCUGGAGGGCGUCUCAGAGGAGGAGGUAGCCUACGCCAGCAGAUUCACACAGGCCUUCCUGAGCCUUCUAAAAAGUGGAAUGAACAAGUAUCCACCCCCAGAGCUCACUGAAGAAUGUGGAGGCCCAAACCGUGGGGAUACCCUGCUGCAGUUAGAUGCUCCUACCAAGAGGCUGUCCAAGCGCCAGCUUGGCACAUCUGCCUUUGGUUAUGACUCGGACCCUCUCAAGUCACCAGACAGUUUUCUAGAAGAAAGGAGAGAAAUCAAGAUGACAUCUGUAGCUCAGCAGGAAGCAGUGGGAAAUGAUGAAAUGCACAAGUUGGACACCAAAGAAAAUGGUCAAGAAAAACCAGCAAAAGAAAGACACUUGGGCACUGCCUCUGGUGAGAUGCCAAACCAUGGCUUCCUAGCUCUCUAA